CUGACGAAGUCCUCCGCUUUACAGUCGGUGACCAUGGCAGUCCCAGUAGCUGCGUUACCGCUGAGAACAUCACCGAGCAGCAGCCCGGUUCUGCUGGAGCACAACAUUCACAUCAGCGACAGAGAUUUGGAAAGGAUUUCAAAUGACAAUGAAAACGACACUUUGCCUUUACAUUCUCCGUGGACUUUCUGGCUCGAUAGAUCUCUACCAGGAACAACAGCAGCUGAAUGUGAGUCGAACCUGAAGAAAAUCUACACCGUGGAGACCGUCCAGAACUUUUGGAGAGUUUACAACAACAUACCCGGCGUCUCCAGCUUGCCACUGAGAUGUAGUUAUCAUCUGAUGAGAGGCGAAAGAAAACCACUUUGGGAAGAAGAAAGCAAUGCUAAAGGUGGUGUUUGGAAGAUGAAAGUACCCAAAGAAUGCACUUCUGUUGUGUGGAAGGAGUUGCUGUUGGCUACUAUUGGAGAACAGUUCAGUGAUUAUUGUGCCUCAGAUGAUGAAGUAGUCGGGGUCAGCGUCAGUGUAAGAGACAGAGAAGAUGUCUUUCAGGUCUGGAAUGGAAAUGCUUCUUGUGCUACAGAGUCAAACAUCUUAGGAAGGAUCCACGAGCUCCUUCCACAAAUACCUUUUAAAGCGGUGUUUUACAAACCACAUGAGGAGCACCACGCUUUUGAAGGAGGUAGAUCAAGACACUAGAGAUAUACAUGUUUUUUUGCUUAUGACCAUGUUUUGGGUGAUAUCUGGACACAUGUUUAGUUCGUACAGUAGUUGCUUAAUGUGUCAUCUUAAUUACCUCAAAAUGUAGCCCAUGGAUUAUGAAUCUCAAUCGAUGGUGAGUCCCAUCUUCUGAGCACUGCUGUCAUUCAUAACAAUAUCCAAAAUACUUUUAUUUUAGUCGAAAGCAAAAAGCAUUUUAGUUUGAUUUUAUCUAUGGCAGUGUUUGUAUGUUUUAUACUGUAGAAUUUAGCAAAACCAAAAACAGCAGAUCAUGUACAGUCAGAUUUAAAAAAAAAAAAAGUAUUUUGUGCAGUUUCCUAAGCACAGACAAAGCUAGGUCUUUGAAUCAAAUCUCAUUUUUGGAUCUAAGAGGAGGCCUAGUUCCAUAAACCUUUAUCUUAACAAUACAUUACAAGGCUUUUUUAGUCAGCUCCUUUCUCUGUUUUGUAUGUUACUGCCAAAAUACUGUUGCCUAUACUAGAGAACGUAAUUGUUUAGUAUGCUGUAAUGCUAAAAUAUGAGCAAAAAAUUGCACAUUCUUUUUUUUAUUUUCUUCUUUAGGAUACGAGUGGAUUGUGAAAGAAAUAUUCUUGUUACUAUAAAAUGACCUCAGUACACAAAACAUCAUCGGUAGAUGCUGAGAAAUAUAUGCAAUCAUUUCUAUUUUGUAGAAUUUGCAGCAAAUUUGCAGUGUUGAUGUAAUAUUGUUUAAGCAUCUGUCCUAAAUCAAGCACUUUGUUUCUUACUGUGUGUUUAAGACACCAGAUAGUAGAGUAGUGAUAACUGAGACCAAAUACACCUUGGUUUUGUUAACUUUUUUUGAUGGACAAAAAAGCUGUUUUGUUGAAUUUGUUUUUGGUUUCAUUUUUCUGCUUUUAAUAGUAACUGAGUGAAGAUGACAACGUUGAAAUUGUGUGGGGUUUUUUUUAUGUGUUCAUAUGACCUGUGUCAAAAUGACAUUUGUGAAACCCAUCCUUUGUAGAUAAUAUUGGCCCUAGGAAAAAUUAUGAACAAUAAACACAUGAAGCCAGAAAAUCUAUCACGGGGAGAGACAAAAAAAAGAGCUCUAAAUCUUGAGGGAAUGCUUUGGACCUUUUUUUAGUGUAUUUGUACAAAUAAUGAAUAUUUGUUGAAGUGAUGCAACCACGGCAGCAGGGUCAAAUCAGUAUGAAACAAGCUAAUCAGAGAGGUUUACGACUGUUGUGCCAUAACACUUUCAAUGUCUCUCAAAUCCAUGUGCUUUUAAAGUUGUUUUUUCUGUGGUGUUGUGAUGUGAACGGCUGUAUUUGUAUUGAAAAUCAUAAUCACAUUAGUAGUUAUUGUGUUUAUGUGUGAGGGAGAGUAUGAGUGAGGGAGUGAGACUGACUAUUCUAGACUGCAUAGAGUAGAGCAGAUAUUUUUUUUUAUAUAUAUAUAUAUAUACAUUUGAGAUAAUUUAUAUGUAGCUAUGGAGUAUGCAUUGAAACCCACAGAAAGACUGCUGCUAUGAUUUCUUAAUCAAAUCAAAUGUUUUUGCUGAAGACUAUUCACAGGAGGAGAUGGUUUUCAGACCACAAACUCUGCCAAACUUGCUUGAUUUUCCCUUUAUUCUCCUGUUGUCCAUGUGUUUAUGUUAUAAGCACAUAUAGGAUAAGUAAAAAACAAUAAUGUACCCUUGCACUUACACAGUUUACCACUCAUUUCAGAUCUCAGACUUUGUAACUGAUUGUUGAUCUUGGAUGGUGCCUUGUGUUAACCAGCAGUUUAGAAUGUCAUCUGUGUUCAGCAUGUUGGACUUGUAUAUAGUCAUGUUUCUGUAUUAGUUUUACACGUGUUUGAGAAAUAAAGACGCCAAAACGUUCACCUUUUGAUGUUUGGAAAACUUACUGUUUUGUGUCUUGAGAAUAUCAAUAUUGCAUUGAAUAAAAAAACAGCAUAUUACGUUGGA